AACACCUCCCCUCGGGGAGGGGUUCUGGGUUCCGGCCGGCCGGCCUGAGGCGGCAGCAUCCGUGGGAGCCGGCAGCCACCCCCUGGCCACACACACGGGCCCACCUUGGCAGACAGACGGCUGGGGGACCCGCUUCUGCCCAGUUGCCUGGUGGUCUGGGGCAAGUUCUACCCCCUGGGCCUCCACCAAGGGUCUCCUGUGGCCAGGACCUGCGUGAUGGCUGCGCCUGCCUCGUGGGAAUGAGUCGGGUGGUAACGUCUGGGAAGGUCUCGUCGGGCCUGUCGCAUCAAGGUGGUUGUGUCCACGCUCUUACUGUCAGGAAAACCUCGUGGAGGAAAAGAAGGAAAGCGCCAGCCCUCAGUCUCCCUGCCUCUGCUCCCUAACACUGCCGCCAGCCCCGAGCCCUGCGUACGCCCUGACCUCCACCACGGGUGCCCCCGCUCCCGUUUGGAGGCCGCAUUGGGUGUGGGAAGGAGAAGGCGCGGACACCUGGGCCCGGCCAGCAGUUGGCUCCCUUGGUGCCUCAUGGCCCCGGCACCCGGCUGCGGGAGGGAAUAACUCAUCUGCAGACAUUUACGGAGUGGGCCAGGUGCCAGUGACGCAGAAGUGGCUGAGAUGGGGCACCGGCCGUGGGCCACUCACCAUGUGGCCCAGCCACUUGCCGCUGGUGACCAAAUCGGGGGUCAGCCUGGGCUCAUCCUGGGCCAGGCCGUGGCCUGGGUGGGGACCAAGUGUCCCCAGUGAACGUCUUUCCCAGGGAGCAGAGAUGAACAACACGGGGCGGGCCAUUUGCAGAGGUUCGCACUACGUCGAACCACAUAUUGGCUGCUCCAGAUCCUUGCUGCCCGGGGCAGCUCCUGGGGCACCGGGCAGCCUGUGCCCAGUGCUGGAGUGCCAGGGGUCCCUCAGCCAGCACAAGGACUCGAGCUCGCCGCUCCGGCCCCGGGGACGCAUCCGUGACCAAGGCUGACCCAUGCCAUGGCCCGGAUGCCUGUGCAUACCGCCGCCCUCCAGCCCCUCAAACUGUCCUGUCCUCCCUGUUGUCCUGCCCUGUUGCCCAGCCCAGGAGCGCUGAUGUGUGUGCCUGGUUAAGUGAGGGCAUUCGUUUUAUUUCUCCUGAAAAUAAGAAGCGACGUGUGCCUGGCAGAGAACUCGGAAAGCCCGAGCAGCUCACACCCUGGGUGCUGGGACCCAAGCGAGGUUCAUGUGCCCACGGCCUCCCCUGACCUGCCACUCAGCCGCAGAGCUCCGAACAGUUCUGUGACCGCCUAGACGUAUGAUUUGCCCCCCUGCAGGGCACCUGUUUAGCGCGUGCGCUUCAGCGGCUGUAGCACACUCACGGGUUGUGGUUGCCGGACGCUUUCACCCCUGCAGAUGGAAACCCCUGGCCCACAGAAGUCACUCCCGUUCCUGUCUCUCAUCCACCUGCCAGCCCCUGGUUUGCAUCUGUCCGCAUAGGCUCGUCUGUCCUGGACAUUUCGUAGAAGUGGGAUCUGCCCUCGCGUGGCUCUCUGUGGCGUUCACAGCUGUCCCGCUUCAUCUGCCAGGGUGGCGGUCUCAUCCGCCUCUUCCACGCGCUGCCUUGACCGUGACGGAGCUGACGGACGGCGACGCUCUCAGCUCUCCUGUGCUGGGUGUGCUCUGUGGGAAGGCAGUGGCCCUGCUCUCUGUAAAAAGAUGUCCUAUGGAUCCAUCGCUGGCAGUGGCGGCCUGGGGAGCCACGGCCCUUUCGGGGGACCCUCCAGACAAGGCUAUCAGCCCCUAGAGUGCGCUAAAUGUUGGACCGAGUAUGGAAUACGCCAUUUCCCCUGCCCGUCGCCAGAGAGCAGCCCGCAGGACCCCUGUGUGGGCAAGGACGGGGAAGGUGAUCUGGGGUCGGCGGGCACGCCCAGAGGCCCGAGGGCCAGGAAGCGAGGGCCAGGGGUCGCCCCCGAAGGCAGCGGGACACCAGAGCCCGGCUCACCGCCUGCCGCAAGCCCAAGGAAGGACUCUGCUGGCGGGGCCCACGGCCGGCUGGCGGGGCCCGGCGCCACGCGGGCCAAGAAGAGGAAACCCAACUUCUGCCCGCAGGAGACAGAGGUCCUGGUGUCCAAGGUCAGCAAGCACCACCAGCUGCUGUUCGGCACGGGGCUGCUGAAGGCCGAGCCCACCCGCAGGUACCACGUGUGGAGCCGCAUCCUGCAGGCCGUGAACGCCCUGGGCUACUGCCGCCGGGACGUCGUGGACCUCAAGCACAAGUGGAGGGACCUGCGCGCUGUCGUGCGGCGCAAGCUGGGCGACCUCCGCCACGUGGCCCGCGGCCCCGGCCGGCUCCAGGCCUCGGCCCUCACGCCUGUGGAGCAGGUGGUGGCCGAGACCUUCUCCUGCCAGGCCCCCGCCCCGGAGGGCCUCGGCCUGGAGCCGCUCAGAGCCACCCAGGUGGACCCAGGUGACCUCCAGGAGCUGUUCCAGCAGACAUCGGCCAGCGUCUUCCGGAUCAACUCCAACGCGAGCUCCUUGGAGCAGAGCCUCCGGUCCCUGGGGACACCGAGUGACACGCAGGAGCUGAGGGAGAGCCUGCACGCGGCGCAGCAGGGGACCAACAAGACCGUCGCGGCCAGCGCCAGCGCCUUGAAGCAGAUGGCGGAGCUCCUGCGGGGCUGCUCCCGGCAGGAGCAUCUCCAGCUGGACCGCCUCAGAACUCAGCUGUCGGAUGCCAUUCAGCGCUACGGCGCAGUGCAGAAGAAAAUUGCAGAAAAGUCCAGAGCCCUGCUUCCCGCCGCGCAGAGAGGCGGCACGCAGCGGCAGAGUCCCCGGGCCCCUUUUGCUGAGCUGCCCGAUGAUGAGAAGAUCUUUAACGGGGGUGACAGCAUGUGGCAGGGCCAGGAGCAGGCGCUGCUUCCCGAGAUCACCGAGGAGGACGAGGAGGCCAUCCGGCUGCGCGAGGAGGCCAUCCUGCAGAUUGAGAGUGACUUGUUGGAUGUAAAUCAGAUUAUCAAGGACUUGGCCUCCAUGGUGUCAGAGCAAGGAGAUGCCAUUGGGUCCAGCAGCGGCAGGGCCACGUGCCGGCAGAGCUCCAGCCCCGAGCCAGCCGUGGCGCCCCUGCGGCCGGGCCCUCACUCCCGCACCAAGACGCGCAAGCCCAACUUCAGCCCCCAGGAGACGGAGGUGCUGGUGCAGAGGGUGGCCCGCCACUACCCGCUGCUGUUCGGGGCGCUGCGGGGCACGCCCUCCCGGAAGCACCGAGUGUGGAGCAAGAUCCUGCAGGCCGUGAACGCUCUGGGCUACUGCCGGAGGGACCUGGGCGACCUCAAGCACAAGUGGAGGGACCUGCGAGGGGCGGUGCGCAAGAAGCUGGCGGAGCGCCCACGGGCCCCCGGCCUCGUCCUCACCCCCGUCGAGCGCAUGGUGGCCGAGACCUUCUCGGCCCCAGCCCCCCUAGGCGAGGGCCAGGCUGCCGAGCCCCUGCCAACGGACGAGGAAGACGAGGCCCCCAGCUGCCUGUGGCUACCCUUGCGGACCCUGGAUGGGCCAAGCCUGCCCGAACCUGACCCCCUGGACCUACGAGGAACUGUCCCUGCGCCUGCCUCCUCGCCCUCCCCGCCAGCCUCCCCGGCCUCGGUGCCCCCUGCAGCUGCGUUCCCAGGGGCCCUUGGACCCUCCCCGCCCUCCACUGUGCCACCCCCGCCCCCCGGGAGGCCCGCAGCGGAGGCCUCCGAGUUUGAGCAGCGACUGCUGGACGCCCACCGGCGACAGGGCGCCCUGCUCUCCCACUGGUCUCAGCAGCAGAGUGCACUGAUGGCCCAGCAGAACCUGCUGCUCCAGAGGCUGGCCGAGCAGAGCCAGCGGCUGGCCGACGGCGUCGAGGCCCUCAACCGGACCCUCGAGAAGCUGGUGGAGGCCUGCCCGGCCCGGGGAGCCUCGCCCACAGUCCUGGACGGCACCCCUGCUGGGGGAGUGGCCUCUGGGCCCACCAGAGGCCCCCAGGGCAGCCCCCGGGGCCCCCACCCGGGCCUGGAGGUCUUCUCAGGGAUGAUCCUGAAGGUGGAAGAGGAGGUCUAGGGUCUGGUCCCUGGAGGGCUGCACGAGGAGCGGGGACGCCAGCCCUUCUGAGAGGCAGGCUGGGGGACAGCAGGGCGGAGUUGGGGCCUCGAUGGAGCCGGCAAGGACACAGGACACACUCGUGCAGGGAAAGGCUCUGGGGCCGGUCGGUGGUCCUGGACAGAAGUCUACUCAGGGACGUUGUGGCUGGAAGACGCAGAGGGGCGCUGGCGGGGCCCGGCCUCCGCUCCAGUCCCGCGCUCUCACCUGCUGUGCCGAGUGCCUUGGAGGGCAGAGCCAGCACCCCCCUGCGGCCACAGGGGGUCAAUAGAGGGUUCGGUGUCCCCAGACCUGGAGGGGUGGCUCAGCGGGGUGUCAGGAAGGUCCCCAGAGGGUGACCCGGAGCGCCCGCCGGAAGCCUCCCCCUCCUGGACGUGGGGACACUGCGGGCUGGGCUCCUGUGGUUUUCUUGGUUCUGCCCAGGACGCCCCCGUCUUGCAGCCUGCGGUCAUUUCUGCCCGGUGUUAGAUCUGUGGUCUGACAGACACACGUGUGCAUUUAUGUCACCUGGUACUGUAUGGGGCGGGAUACCAUUUUGUACCUACUGAUGUUUCUUGCAAAAAGAAUUAUUUUUCCUACGUAAGCGUAAAAUAACAACGGAGAAGGCC